GAGAGAACGUUUUUCCCCUGCCAUCCGAAAAUCCUUAAAACCAUCAUCGUCCCAGUUUGGCAACCACAUGGUAACAGCCUCGCCCGCGGAGACAUGACACAUUCGCUCUCCGCGCUCGCCGCCGCUGCUGCUGCUGUCGCGCCGCGUAAAAAGUUCGCAUUGUUCCACGAAGCAGAUCCGAACUGAGGACGGACAGCUUGACACUCGACUCAAAAGGAUACACGGAGAUUCACGCAUUUCUGUUAGUCGGUCUGCAAGCGGCAGUUCGCUCAAUGUCACCAUGAUCGUGUUCUCGUCGCGCACUGUGCUGCUGUCAGUCUACUACCCUCAGAUCUUCCUCAUCCUCACCAGCGGCAGCUACCUGGCCCUUUCCUCUGUGGUGGCCCUGGGUGCAAACAUCAUCUGCAAUAAGAUUCCAGGCCUGGCACCUCGCCAGCGGGCCAUCUGCCAAAGUCGCCCUGACGCCAUCAUUGUAAUAGGCGAGGGGGCUCAGCUGGGCAUAAACGAGUGUCAGUACCAGUUCCGCUACGGCCGCUGGAAUUGCUCGGCCCUGGGAGAGCGCACCGUCUUUGGCCAGGAACUCCGAGUAGGCAGCAAGGAGGCUGCAUUCACCUAUGCCAUCACCGCUGCCGGAGUGGCCCAUGCGGUGACAGCGGCAUGCAGCCAAGGCAACAUGAGCCACUGUGGCUGCGAUCGUGAGAAACAGGGCUACUACAACCAAGAGGAGGGCUGGAAGUGGGGAGGAUGCUCCGCCGAUAUCAAACAUGGCAUCGAGUUCUCCCGGAGGUUUGUAGAUGCUCGGGAGAUAAAAAAAAACGCACGCAGACUGAUGAACCUGCACAACAACGAAGCAGGGAGAAAGGUGCUGGAAGAGCGGAUGAAGCUGGAGUGUAAAUGCCAUGGCGUGUCAGGCUCUUGCACCACUAAGACAUGCUGGACCACCCUUCCGAAGUUUAGAGAAAUAGGCUAUGUGCUGAAGGAAAAGUACAAUAAAGCGGUCCAUGUGGAGGUAGUUCGAGCCACUAGACUACGCCAGCCUACCUUCCUCAAGGUGAAGAAAGUGCACGGCUAUCAAAAACCCGAAGAGACCGAUCUGGUCUACAUCGAGCGUUCACCUAACUACUGCGAGGAGGACGCUAGGACCGGCAGCGUGGGGACGCAGGGUCGCUUAUGUAACAGAACGUCGGCACAUACGGACGGCUGCGACCUGAUGUGCUGCGACCGGGGGUACAACACUCACCAGUACACCAAGGUGUGGCAGUGUAACUGCAAGUUUCAGUGGUGCUGCUUUGUCAAAUGCAACACCUGCAGCGAGAGGACGGAGGUGUUCACCUGCAAAUGAGCAAGUGCGUAUCGAGGACAGGGACACGUACAAGUUCGGCUGGAAGACUUGCUGAAUAAGAGAGAUAUUAUUUUUUAAAUAAAUGUAUAAAAAAUACCAGAAACCAAAUGGGAAUCUUACGGUCUUCAGCUCGUCACAGCAUCGUUUUGCACAGCAGAAUGUUUAUAUUUGCUUUCCCAUAGAGGUUAAACUCCAACCUCACUAGGUACCAGUCCAGCUUUUCUUUUUCUUUUUAAAUGAGUUUAAACUUCCACAAGCUCAUGCACUGAUCUAUCCAUACUGACUCCAGAGGAAAAGGACUGCCUGAUGCAUGCCAUGCCCUGGACUGACACGUGCGUUCUGGGGACUGGAUUUUCUUUUCCACUUUGUUUGAUGCUGAUACAUAAAGGACCAAAAAAAGAAAAAGAAAAAAAAAAGGAGCCUACGAUCAUUCGGAUAUUAACAGGACCCCUGGGAAACAAAUCAGAAAGGAUUGAUUAAGGUAACCUCACUUAGAAUUUAGGGCUAAAAAAGAGACGUUUUAACUCAUUAACAAGCUCUGUAAAGAAGAGAAGGCAGCGCAGCCUGAAUAAGUGAGUUGUCGCUACAAGAAACCUCCGACUGCCAACUGGAACUUGGUGGGAUACGUUAGCUGUCCAGUCACACUGGAACUGUAUGUUCGAACACUGAAAUUCUUUAUUUAUGUUAUAGUAUCUUAAAAAAAAAGCAAAGCACUAACGGGUAGAAAUGUCUUAUUUUGUACUAAAUGUAAAUAAACAGAGAAAGAUGGGGGACAAAAAAUUUGUAUAACCUCCUCACUGACGGUGACUUACAGACAAAAAAAAAGCUCCCAAAUCCUGUGAUAAAUUUCUAUUUUCCUAAAAAAAAAAAAAAAAAAGGUUUA